AGCCUCGAGAAUUCCAGACCUAAAAGGGCAGAAACAACAAAACCGAGGCUGCUCAGCCGGAAGAACUCUCUCAAAUUUCAGUCGUCCUCGAACCCCUCAGCAAGCGGCCGGCUCUCUGCUGGUGUCUGUCUCGGGCGGUUUUGCGAUCAAUCUCUCAGAAUGGCGAUGCCAAUGAAACCUGGAAAGGUCGGAGUGGAAGAGGCCGUUGAGACCGUCCACCGUAUUCGGAUCACUCUUUCCUCCAAAAACGUGAAGAACCUCGAGAAGGUGUGCGCCGACUUAAUCAAGGGUGCUAAGGACAAGAGGCUCAAAGUGAAGGGACCAGUGCGUAUGCCUACCAAGGUUUUGCACAUCACCACCAGGAAGUCUCCUUGUGGAGAAGGUACCAACACCUGGGACAGGUUUGAAUUGCGCGUGCACAAGCGUGUGAUCGAUCUCCACAGCCCUUCGGAAGUGGUUAAGCAGAUCACUUCUAUCACUAUUGAGCCUGGUGUUGAGGUUGAGGUUACCAUCGCUGAUGUUUAAUUCAGCGUCACAUUGUACUUCUUCUGGUGCUAUGAGCAUUAUAAUAUAGCAUCCUUCUUCUCACAUUGCCUGUUAA